CUCUCUGACGGUGGGAGGUCAAGAGCAGGUAAGAACAGUUGGGAUACCGUGCAGCCAUUCACAACACAAGUGGAGCACCACUAGAAAGAGCACAAGGGCUGUGCGGUCGACCUCUUAUUUUAUUCAUACUACUUGGGACAGGGAGCUAAGCAUGUCCAAAGCAGGAGACAGGACCCCUUCCACAACUUCCACAACUUCUGUUGACUCAGCAUCAACAGAUGGAAAUGAAGGCGGCACUAAAUCUCCCAAGGGAAAGGAGUCCCCGUCAGGCUCAGUCUCUGAAACACCCAAGAAGUCAUUAAAGAAGUCCAAGAAAAUCUCCGAGAGCAAGAACAAAGUCUACAUCUCCGUGCUCAACAGUGUUUUUGGGGCAGACAGGGAACUCGCUCAGGCUGAAAUAGACGAGCUGCACGAGGCCUUUAAGGAGUUCGACUAUGACCAAGAUGGCUACUUAAACUACAAGGAUGUGGCCGAGUGCAUGAGGACUAUGGGGUACAUGCCCACUGAAAUGGAGCUGCUGGAGAUAGUGCAACAGAUAAAGAUGAGAAUGGGUGGAUUAAUGGACUUUGAUGACUUUAUUGAACUGAUGGGACCCAGGAUGAUGGGCGAGACGGUGGGCAUGCUGGGGCUCAAGGAGCUUCAGUCGGCCUUUUUACAGUUUGACACAGACGGAGAUGGAAUAAUCAACCAAGAGGAGAUGAAGGAAGCACUAAAGACACUGCUGGGGGAGAAGUUGAAGAAAGGAGAACUGGAGGAGAUCUUAAAGGAGCUGGACAUUAAUGCAGAUGGAAACAUUGACUUUGAAGAGUUUGUGAUGAUGCUCUCUAUCCGCUAACCAUUUAAAGACCGGCAACAUGGACAGACUACUACUACCGAACCAUUACCAAAUAUUCACAGUUAGGCUCACUUGUGUUUGCAACAUAGGCACAGACUUCUACCACAUAAUGUGUGCCUAGCUAUGUAAUAAUUGUGCGUAUGACAAAGUAUUGUAAAUAGCUGUGUGUGAUUCCCACCAUGCCAUCAAAUGCAGAAUAACACCGUUAUAAUUUUGUAGAUUCACAAACCCUCUGGUGUGAUCGAUUAUGUAAAUAAGACUGAAAUGUUUUGUUAUUUUAAUAAAGAAAUCAAAACCA